AUGUCCACGAGAAAACAUCGUGACCAGAAAAACGGUGACUUUUUAAGAAAACGGACUGGCCACGAUACGUUGACCGUCAAUGAAGCAUACCGUGAGAAUCAAGGAGACGUGACUAAAGCUUUGAAGUCGUUGGGACAUGAGACAACGGAUAGCUGUGGAGUUCAUUCAACCACUUAUGUACGUCCAACCCAUCACGAAAACGCUCAUUUUUUAGAAAUGAGUAAAUUUCAUGAGAAACUGAAAAAUGCGAGCAGUAGUGAAGUUGUUCAAAAAAUCGAGAUGGAAAUGUAUGAAAAAGGCAGAAAGUUCAACGAGUGCAGAUCCCCACCGAAUCGCUACGAUCUCCAUUACCUGACUGUUAAUGUUGCAGUCGAAUAUGCGCUGGAGGUAGUGGAGAAAGAGAAAAAGGAGAAGAAGUACAAAGAGAUCCAUUUGGUAACUGGCAAUGGAAAUCGUAGUAUUAAUGGCGUUGCUGUCAUUAAAAAUGCGAUUUUGCGAGAUUUGGGAUGGUUGGGCUAUUGCACGACCAGAGAGGAUCCAAGCAACCCGGGAGUUGUUCUUGUAAAAUUUAAGUAG